ACUUACAAGCGACUCACACGAAUCCUCCAUGACAUCAUACAUUACCAGAAGGAUCGAAAGAAAAAAGUUGGUUAACUAUAAAGUGUCCUCCUCCCGCAAAGCCAAUGCCAACUACAUCAAAAAACUAUAUCUCUUAGUAUAGAUUCUGAUCUGCUUUCAAUAUAUUAACUGAAGCUUUACAGCUGGUCAAUUUGGAAAGAGCUUAAAAUAACUGGUGGGAUCCGAUCAUCAAAGCGCAGAAUGAAUCUAUCCCAAGACAAUCAGAACAGCGUUAUUCUCAUCGCCGAAUCAACCUUCCGCUCUUUUCCACCCAAUUGCCUCAUCCGAGGAGAAAACGACGCGUUAUCGAUAGCGCCGAGUUCAGUUGCGACGGUCAUUAGUAGUGAUGUGGAGUUCAGUAAUUUUCCGAAGUGCUCAGUGGUGCAGAGUGUUGGAAAUGUUGAAGAUAUUCGAAGACAGAUCUGCAGUAAACCGUUGGUUCUUACGGUUUCGUGUUGUAAACAUGUCCCUCAGGGACAGAGAUUAAACAGUCGAGGUGAAUACCUGAGCUUCAGAGACAAAGAAUGGUGGCUGAUGUCAGACAACAGUCCCUGGAUGAACCCAUAUACCAACCCAGUCUGGGGGACGGGAACCACAUCACUAUACGGGGACGAGUGGAUAUCGCCCCGAUUUGUGGUGAUUGUCGACACGACUAACCCGGUCAUUCGACAGAAAUUAAACGAGGGAUUUGACCGGGUUAGCUCUCUAAUGGCACAGCAGAAAAACUUUGCACUUGAGUUUGACUUUAAUCCCAUGAUUCUCGAGUGGUGGAAGAACCAAGGCCCCUCACGGUACGAUCAAAUUGAGUGCCUCACACUAACCGCGGUUACUGGGGCUACUUUUACUGUCACGAACUCCACGCCAAUACGUCACUGCUUCGAUUGCCAUACCGUCUGGUGCGUCUGUUGGCCGGCAUAUUGCUUGAUUGCAAUCCCUUAUAAAAUUUGGCGCAAUCUCAUGAACGGCAUCCAUGACGUCAUCGUUAAAAUGACGGGAAACGUCGUCGUCGCUCAUCCGAACUCCCAUGGUUACGGCCUGGAGACUUUCUUUCGAACUCCAAUAAAGAACACCCAACCGGGAAUCCUGCAAACUAGUGAGCGGACUGCAGUGGAUUGUGGGAUUGAAAGUGUGCAGGCAAAGAGCAUGUUGGGAAAUCCACGGAUGCGAGUGUCGUGAAACUCAACUCAACUCUAACCGGAAGCCGACGAAUGCAUACGACAGAGACGAAGAAAUACGAACUUAGAAACUUUACCCGAAAAUAUGAAAGCAGAAUCAAAUGCAACCAUUUAAAAUGAAAAUUCUUACUAUUUUAUUAACAGGUUUUGCCUUUCUAGAAUAUUUACAGAGAAUCAAAUAAAAAGUAACAUCGUA